UGCUAGCAGAGCGGGGGUGCGGUGUCCUCUGGGGUGCUUUCGCUUGUAUUUUCGUCCCAUUUAUAAAGCGUUAGCGGGGAAUAAAGCGGCCCACGGCUCGGAGCUGACCCUGGAACGGCUCACCGGAGAGGGAGGCUCAUCUGAAUGACUGACCGUCCCUGCGCGGCUACUGGCUCGACCUAGAAGAGGAGGGUGGGGAUUAAAACUUCCAGACCUCGCCCAGUCGUCGCUCCAUUUCAGAAGGCAGCUACACUCCUCUGGCGGCGUGAGACCUCCACCCCACCGAACCGAAUAAUUACUCAAGGGGACGAACGGCAGCAGCUGAGGGCAGAAGCCAGCCACCAUGUUCAGGAAAAACUUGAAGAAGGACCCGGAGCUGUUCCAGAACGUGUCGGAGGGGCUGCGGCGGCUCUACCGGACCAAACUGUUCCCCCUCGAGGACACGUAUCGGUUCCACGACUUCCACUCCCCCGCUCUCGAAGAUGCCGACUUCGACAACAAGCCCAUGGUGCUCCUGGUGGGUCAGUACUCCACCGGUAAGACCACCUUCAUCCGGCACCUCAUGGAGCAGGACUUCCCCGGCAUGCGGAUUGGCCCCGAGCCCACCACGGACUGCUUCAUCUCGGUGAUGCACGGCGAGCAGGAGGGGGUGAUCCCGGGUAACGCUCUGGUGGUCGACCCCAAGAAGCCCUUCCGAAAACUCAACGCCUUUGGCAACGCAUUCCUCAACAGGUUUAUGUGUGCCCAGCUGCCGAACCCGGUCCUGGAGAGCAUCAGUAUCAUCGACACCCCAGGAAUUCUGUCGGGGGAGAAACAGAGGAUAAGCAGAGGAUACGAUUUUGCCGCUGUGCUGGAGUGGUUCGCCGAGCGCGUGGACCGCAUUAUCCUCCUGUUCGACGCCCACAAGCUGGACAUCUCCGACGAGUUCUCCGAGGUGAUCCGUGCGCUCAAGAACCACGAGGACAAAAUGCGCGUGGUGCUCAACAAGGCGGACCAGAUCAGCACUCAGCAGCUGAUGAGGGUCUACGGAGCGCUGAUGUGGUCUCUGGGCAAAAUCAUCAACACACCCGAGGUGGUGCGCGUGUACAUCGGGUCGUUCUGGGCUCAGCCCCUACUGGUGGCGGACAACAGGAAGCUGUUUGAAGCGGAAGAGAAUGACCUGUUCUUGGACAUCCAGUCGUUGCCGCGCAAUGCGUCUCUACGCAAACUCAACGAUCUCAUCAAACGAGCGCGCCUCGCCAAGGUGCACGCCUACAUUAUCAGCUCCCUGAAGAAGGAGAUGCCGAGUGUGUUCGGAAAGGACUCAAAGAAGAAGGAGCUGAUCGCCAACCUGGGAGAGAUCUACACCAAGAUAGAGAAGGAGCACCAGAUCUCGCCUGGAGACUUCCCCAAUCUCGCCAAGAUGCAGGAGCUGCUCAACGGUCAGGACUUCACCAAGUUUGCGGUGGUGAAGCCCAAACUGCUGGAGGCGGUGGAGGACAUGCUGGCCAACGACAUCGCCCGCCUCAUGGCCAUGGUGCGACAGGAAGAGGCCAGCGUGCCCAGCCAGUCCGUCAAGGGCGGCGCCUUCGAGGGCACCAUGAGCGGCCCCUUCGGCCACGGCUACGGCGAGGGGGCCAGCGAGGGCAUCGACGAGGUGGAGUGGGUGGUGGGCCGCGACAAGCCCGCCUACGACGAGGUCUUCUACACCCUGUCGCCCAUCAACGGCAAGGUGUCGGGCGCCACCGUCAAGCAGCACAUGCAGAAGUCCAAGCUGCCCAACACGGUGCUGGGGAAGAUCUGGAAGCUGGCGGACGUGGAUAAAGACGGGCUGCUGGACGACGAGGAGUUCGCUCUUGCCAACCACCUGAUCAAGGUGAAGCUCGAGGGCCACGAGCUGCCGCCAACGCUGCCCGAUCACCUGAUACCCCCCUCCCAGCGCGGGACAGUCAGCUGCGAGUAGGAGUCCAGAGAGGAGCCUGGGGCUCGGCACUCGUCAGGACUCUCCACACCGAAAACACAAGCAUGAACAGCAACAUCCUCCGUCGAGCUGCGAGGGCUUCCGACCCGACGCCCCGGAGAAGUUAUCGCCGCGAUCGGUUUCACCAGAGAGAGACUGGAGGGGUUCUGAGGGGAGGUAAAGGGGGAGGAGGGAGGGAGGGAGGGAGGGGGGACAUGUCUGGUUAUCUUUGUGAAAUAAACGGGAAGGAGGGAAAGUUGAUUAGCAGGCCGAUGAAAGGACUUUAUUGGUUCAGGAACGGAUGGGUUGCUGCAUGGUGGGGCUGAGAACGGAUUUGUGCAUCCUGUGUAAAAGAUGUCUUAUAAGUAUACAGUCCAUAUUAUAAUAUGUUGAUCCAAAGAUAUAUAGUUUUUUUUCCCAUUUGGAGAGAGAACGAGGAAAUGAAUCGAACAGCUGUUAGAAUUACUUUAUCUAUAUUUUUGUAUUUUCUGACUGUUAACUUUGCCUCUUUCCAAAUGCUUCCCUUUUUAUUAUUUUGCCAAAUAAAUAAAAAGGAAUACUCUAUCAUUCA